UGCUCUAGUAACUGAGCGAGAUCUCUCACUGCCAACCCGAGACACAAUGGUCCCCCUCUGCUGGUGCUGCCCGCCAGUGCCUGCGUCAGCUGCAGCGGUGGCCAUGAGUAGCACCGCCACCCCUUCCUACCACUUCAAGAGCUUCUGUGGGGAGUUUGAGCGGGUGGAAAGUGCUCUGGAGCGCCUGGAGGCCAGCGGCUUCUACUGGGGCAGCCUAUCAGGUGCGGAAGCCAAGCGGCUUUUGACCUCCCAACCGCCUGGCGUCUUCCUUGUGCGAGACUCCUCUGACCACCACCACCUCUUCACCCUCAGCGUCCGCACCACCACGGGCAUCACCAACUUGCGAAUCCAGCAACAGGGCUCCGCUUUUCACCUGGAGGCCCUGCCGGGUGCUGGCCAUCCACCAGCCUUCCGCUGCGUGGUCCAGCUGGUAGAAUACUACCUCUGCUUGGGGGCUGUUGAAGGGGGACCCUGCUAUCUAGAGAGGGAGGGACAGCUGCCUGUGCCUUUGGCCCUCACCCACCCACUCCGCUGCAAAGUGCCCACUUUACAGGAGCUGUGCCGCCGGGCAGUGCGUGCCAGCGUGCAAGGGAGAGGCGACCCCCAGGCUCAGCUGCAAGGGCUGCCUGUACCCCAGGGAUUGUUGAACUCGCUGUGCAGUUAAAACCGGCCGGCAAGUGGGAUGGGGAAAUAGUUUGAAGGCCUUGUAGUGACAGCAGAGCAGUUCCUUCCAAACAUUCCUUGUACAGUACAUGGACAGGACUGGCUGCACGCUCUGUAUGGCUGGGAUGUCUUGCUCGUUACUCAUCAUCAUGGAAUAAAGCAACUGGCCUAUGAAGCUAGUCACCUCUUUACCCAAGUAAUUGCCCACAGUUCAUUCCGAUCUCAACUCAGUGGCCAAACACGACCUCCUGUGCAGGUGAGAGGAAGAUGUGAUCUAUUCAAGGGUUGAAUAGGAUAUGUUUGGGUGUUGCAUAUGGUAGGAAUCUUCCCCAAUUCCCUCUCCUCAUUGUCCCUUCAGAUGUUGCUGAACGGUAGCUCCCAUCAGGGUAGCUGAUGAUGAGGGAUUAUGGUAGUUGUAUCUUGAUAAUGGAGAGCCAGCGUAGUAUAUAGGAAACAGUGUCACCUUAGAACUCCGGAGAGCGAGAUUCAAAUCCUUGCUUAGCCAUGGGAAAUCAUUUAGCGUGAUGAUGUCUAGCAUCAGUAAAACCAAAGCCCUAUUAAGGUCACCCUAAGUCAGAUGCAACUUGACAGCACACUAAAAACAACAGUUCAGUAACGUCUGGGAUGCCACACACUGCACAAACUUGAACUGCUUCCAUUGGAAGCAAGAAUUUGUUGAGCAAAAAUUCUGUCUGCACUAGAAUCUCUGGGAAUUCUAGUUCUGUGGGGCUGAGGUGAAGAGCCUCUGGCUCUCUUGACACUGAAACUCUCAUUAAUCACAGUGAACACAGUUAAUGACUAACUUAUAGUCCAACAUCUAGCGGGCUGCAUAUUUCCAAUUCUGCCUCAAACUGAAAAUAUUAAAGAGUCAAUUUGUAAUUCAUGCAACAAAUAAAUGUCAAGCUAUUACAAAAGUCAAUUUUUAAAGAAAAGAUGUACUAGACCUUAGGUGGAACCCGCACUAAUCUAGUAUGGAAGUCCUCCCAAUCUCUCAGAUGGCUGCGGCUGUCCAGCAACAAAAAAAUGGUUAAAACCAAAGCAGUAUUUAUGGUUACUUCAUAUGGGAUGCCACUGCUAAGGCAUGACAAAAGGCCCAGUAUACAGAAGCCGUCCUUCCUUAUUUUUGAGACUCACAUUUCAUAUCUGGCCACCUCAGGCUUUUGUUUUUGCUCUCUUCCUGUCAAUGUUCUCACUUGAGGUCAUUCCUGGAACUUGACAGGCUUUUAAGAAUGCUGACAUAGGAAACCAGUUAUGGAUGGGCAGUGGGGAGGCAAAGAAUCUACAACCUCAGCUUUUACACUGCCCUUGGUGACUCGCAUUGGUUGUUUUUAUAAACAAUGAUAUUCCAAAAACCUCUCUGGACAGAGCAAAAAAUGACCUACCUCUGCUAGGAAAUUUAAGGGGCCUCCUAGAACAUAUUCUAACUUGAGCUUUCCUCCUUCCUGGACUAUGACCUUCCAUGUUAUUGCUCUGCAGUUCCCAUCACACCUUGCUACUGGCUGUUGAUUAGGACACCUGGAAAGCUGCAUGCCCUCACUGUACAGCAGUGGUGGAUGAUCUUGGUAGACCCAAGGGCCAGACUUCACACAGAAAGGGUAGAGCCAAAGAUUGCUGUUGUUCAGUCGUUUAGUC